GGAGGGGGCUGAUACAUGAGAGGGAAUUAAGAUGUUUAAAGAGCAAAGAUCCACUAAUAAAUAAAAGAUAGACUAAAAACGACUCUUGUGGAGGGUUUUCUUCAACUUAAAACAGUAAAGUCUCCGUGCGGGAAAAGAGGAGAGGGACACUUCAUUCUUGAUUAUCUCAAUAUAGUGAGAAAAUUAAGUUUUCUCAUUAUAACAAGACAGAGGACAAUGGACCUAAAUUGGAGCCAAUAUUAUUUGAAACCCAAAUAACUAAUAUUGUUUGUCCAAAAAAAUUUUAAAAUGUCUGAAACUUUUUGCUAUUCUAAAAAAAUCUUAAUUAUUUCCUGCUUCAGAUGUUCUGUUUUUUAUGGUUUCAAAAUUCAAAAUUUCAAUUUCAAAACUUUUUUUUCACUUUCAACUUUUUUUUCAGUUUCAAAUCUGAAAACUUCAUUACCAGGACUGGAGUUAUCACCCUCAUUGAUUUUGAUUGAUCCUUCCUGUUAGCCCCGCCACAACGGGGUCAAAAGUUUUAACGCUGAAAUUCUCAUAUUCAAAAACAGAAAAAUAAUUAAAGGUGAAAAAAAAGAUUUGAAACUGAAAUUUUGAGUUUUGAAACUUGGAAAAGCAGAACGUUUGGAGCUGAAAUUUUAGAAAGGAAAAAAGGUUCGGACACUUUCAAAUUUUUUUGGCCAAACACCAAAAAAGGUUGUUUUAUUUGUGGUUUAAAUAAUAUUGACCCCAAUUUAGCUCCAUAGAUCUCAUUAUAACGAGAAAACAGCAAAAAAAAAGUAGUACGGGAUGUUUUUGGCUUUCGUACUCCCUUGAAUCAUUCUCAUGUUUGUAUUUUUCCUUAAAUAAUUAUUUAAAACUUUCAAUUUUACCUCCAAAAUAAAAGCGUCCGGACGAGCUCCUGAUGUCGGACGGACUUCGGUUGUCUAAACGCGUCGAGGUCGUCGACUGUAUCUGAGACCUGGACUGAGUUUGACAUUAUCCAUAAAAAAUGAAGUCAAAUCAGUUGCCAGUUUUUUACGAUACGGACACCGCCAUGAUGCAACCAGACAUAGUCAGUGAGCAACGAUUGGUCCGAGUCAGUCUGAGUUUCUAUGGCAACAACUCUCACCAAUCAGGAGGGAGCUUGUUGGAAGGCCACACCCCCUAUCACUUAAAUUCUGAAGUUAGCAGACUCCACUUACUUUUACUGAGGCAUCUGAUUUGGUCAGUUUAUAACUAGAACUAUGGAACAAAUAUUUAAAAAAUGAUUAAUUAUCUAAUACAUUUUUAAAAGGUAUUAGAGCAAGAAUGGUAAUUCUGAGAACUGUAAAGUAUUUGGCUUCUUCUACUUACUUCCUGUUUGGAACGUCGGGGGGGAGGAGUCUCAGUCCAGCUCUCAUAUACAGUUGAUGAUCGAGGCGUCCUGUGGGGCGAAGAGGUUCACGCUCCACCGGUCACCUGUGGCCGCGCCGUCCAUAACGCCAACACAAAACAAACUUUCAUCCGCCAUGGCAACCGUUUCUGUUGCUCCUGCAGGUAACUUUAGAAACCUGAAAACGUUCUCCUCAGACAUGCUGGCUGUCCUCCUCCUCACCAUGCAGGGUGAGUUCUCCUGGUUGACGUGAAAAUCUCUAAACGUUGUGAAUCUUGACCAGAACGUUCUCUGCGUCCUCACAGGAGCGGCGGCGCUCGUUCUGUUUCUGGCUCACGAGGGUUUCUGCCAGACUUGUUCAGUCUUACACGAAGUCUCGAUCUGUCGCAGCAUCCCAUCAGGUAACGGAGCGGUUCUGACCCAUGAAAACCUUCACCGCUUGAGUCUGGUUCAAAUGGAGCUUUGGUUUUUGUGGUACAGACGCUGCAGGUCUGGAUCCUGCUACACUCCCAAAUGUUUUAGUAGUUCAAGCAGAUAUUUGGGUUGUCGACUGAUUGAUUGUUGUUCAUUUAAACUCGUCUGAAUCCUUCUCAAAGCAUUGACCCACAUCCGUUUGGACGAUGCAGCAGAAAAGAUUUGCGGCUUUGAUUUUUAAAUAAAGGUUUUUUCAGAGAAACUGAAGCUGACUGUACUUCCUGUUUUAUUUUUGAAACUUCUCCUUUGUCUUUUGUUAAUAUUUUUUUACAGCAUUUAAGCAACAAACGAGUCUUAUUGCACAGAUGAAAACCGUUUAAUGUUCUGGUUCUGUGUGGUUCCUCCGCUGAAUGUUUUAGUCUUUCUGAGGACAGAUUUGUUUCAUAAACGUCUUCUGAUCAUGAUUUCUACAGCUUUCCAUCUUAACUCCUGUCUGUGGUUCCGUUUGGUUCUGAUGAAGUUCUGCUGUUUCAGUUUGUUCUCCUGCUUGAGUUUUUGGUUUUCCUAGAGUUCGACCCCACAUCCUAGUUUGUGGUCAUGUUCCUGCGGAACGUUGGGAGAAUCAACUCCACCGUCUUUGACAGAAACGGCUUCGGCUCCAUCACUACCCUCCACCUGAACGAGUCGGGCGUCACAGAGAUUUCUGAGAACGCCUUCCGCUCCGGUCUGCAGCUCCGAUCCCUCAGUUUGGACCAAAACCUUCUGUCAGAGAUGAACACAAACUGGUUCCGGGAUCCUGCUUCCCUCGAUACUCUCAGCCUGGCCGGAAACCAGAUUGAAGUUGUGAACGCGACCGCGCUCCACGGACUCACAAACCUCACACAGCUCAGGCUGAAUAACAACCGGAUCAGAACCAUCCACCCCGACAGUUUCAGCUCCCUGGUCUCGUUAACGGAGUUGGACUUGUCUGAUAACCAGCUGACCUGGCUCUCACCGAGACUCCUCAGGUCCCUGAGGUCUGUGAGGUCCAUCCGUCUCCAUGGAAACCGCUGGAGCUGUUCGUGUGAUGCUGAGGACUUUGUCUCGUCUCUGAAAGACCUGCAGAACCGAUCCGUUUUGGUCCGACCCACACAGGUGACCUGUGAGACCCCCCCCUCUCUGAAAGGUCAGCCUGUCAUCAAUGUGAGUGUUUGUCCAACAGCAACGACCAUCCUCACAUCAACAGAAUCCAGCAGAACCAAACCCCAUCCGCUGAUAACCGUCUCUGCAUCCUCCGGUACGCCUGAAAAACCCGUCAACGGGACGUCCGGUCCACAGAUGGCGACAACCUCAACCAUGAACUCUGGUUCUACCUCCUCCUCAUCUCCUCCGGUUCCAGACAUUAAAAUUUUUGUGACGCUGGUUUCCAUCAUCGUGCUGCUGUGUCUUCUUCUGGGUGUGGUGUGUCUGCUGGUGGUGAUGCACAGACAAAAACGCAGCAGCAAAACUGUGACGCCUGGAUGUCCAGGAGAAGGAGAGCAGGAGAGGCAGAGGGAGCAGCAAGUGUCUGGAUCCAUCAUCCACCUCUCCUCCAACUCUGAGCUCAGAGGUCCAGACGAGGCCUCCAGGAGGGGAUUCAGAGGCGACCGAGUGAAGUCGGCCCACGCCGUGAUCCUCACAGCACCGUUUGGGGUUUCAGGAAGAGACAAGGUGACCCUCCAGGCUGAGACGGAGCCGUCGCAUGGGGUCUCUGAGAACCUGCAGGACAGAAAGCAGAACCCAGCAUCCGGCACGGAGGUGGGGCGAAGUCACCUGACCACAAUGGAGACUUUGAAGGAGCACGAGAAAGGAGGAGAAGAGAGGAGAGACCAGGAGGAGAACCAGCAGGGUCUUACAGUCAGCACAGACGUGGUCCCCUACCUGAGCAUCGGGAGGGGUCAGAAGAAACCCGGUCCUGAGGAAGAGUCCACUGAAGGUCCGGGUCAAAGUCCUCAGAGGAUGAAGGUCAUGAGCAGGAUCUCCACCUGGCCCCCAACUGCAGCCCAGUGGCAGGCCAGGUGCAAGAUGAAGGAGGAAGAGGAGGACGAGGAGGACUUGUGGACAGGAGGUGCAGCUCAGGAGACCGUGAACCAAAUAAAACCUUCUGCUGGGUCUGAUCAUCACGGUGAAGAAGAUGAGAACAAUCAACUUCAAAGCUCAACACAUCAGGAGGAGCAGCAGGGGGAGGAGGAGCUGCAGGAGGAGGAGGAGCUGCAGGAGGAGGAGGAGUUCUCUGAGAAAGCUGCAGGAGGAAGAGGAGAUGGGAUCAGCCAAAGACAUCGGCGGACUUCCCCAGAGAAGCACUCGCAUAAAAGCUCCAAGGCUGCAGCUCCACCCGGCCAACAGAGCGCAGGCAGCAAGGCCGCCGGCUCCAAAGCGCCCUCUGGUGGCGCCACGCCGGAUGACGAAACGCUGCUGUCCGGAAACGAGUACGUGUUCGUGAACCUGCUGCACGAGGUGGCGCACAACAAUGGCCGCUGGACCCGGGAGAGGUGGAAGCAGACACACCAGAACAAGCAGCGGCUGUGAGGAGCUGAAACUCGAGCAGUCUCACACUAACGCCUCCAUUUCCCACAAUGCAACAGAGCUGUCUACUUAUUGGUUGAAAUUAAACUUUUAUAAACUGCAGAUCUUGAGUUUUUUUAUUUAUCCAGGAAAUAGAACAUUUCUUGUAACACUGUGAAAUGCUUCAACAUUAAAGACAUUAUUAUUAUUAUUAUUAUUAUAGUUUAUUUACCAGGAAUUUAGGAAGGAAUCGAUGGUAAAACAGACACUUAUAGUCAUUAAACACAACAGUUUUAAUAAAAUAUGGUUUAGUCAUUUCUGUUUGCAACAUGAACCCUUUAAUAUUCUGUUUUUUUUCAUCUAAAUAUUUUUUUUUUAAACAUAUAGUAAUUAAAGAUUAGCUAGUUAAAGCUUUACAGGAGACUGUCAUCGCCAUCUAGUGGAGACUCGGCUAUUACACGUUCCCAAAGAGGUUCAAAUUAAGAGAAUUAAGAAUCAAUAUGGUAUCUUCAAUAAAACCUUUUUAAAGCAAAAAAUAUAUAAAUGUGCGAUUGUAGGCUUUUGCGUAAAACUUUUUAUUUAAAAAAAGACUUGAAAAUGUUGUCAUGUCUUGGACAUUAUUAUUACUUUUGAGAAUCAGUAUGGUGUCCUCAAUAAAACAAUUUUUAUCUUAGCAAAUAUUGCAAAGAUGAGGUGUCUGAGGCUCAUUUAGGAAACUUGGAACUCUUUUCUCUGGCCUGAAUUUUGAAAGAAAAAAGUUUAACUUCUAAGUGUCAUCUGGUGAUCAGCUUUUGUUUAAACAAUUAAUUCAAAAAUGAGUUAUUUCAGGUUUUAACAUGACACUACUACACAUUUUUUUCAGCAUGAAUUUUGUAAAAAAAAAA